AUGACUACCGAGACCUUGAAGAUCAGUGAUGGCAGCAGCAUGGAGAUCACUCGGGUGCCCGAUAUCGAUGAUGAGACCUGGGCAGAGGUGAAGGCCUACGUGGAGGCAAACCCUGAGACUGCCAAAGCCCUGCAAGGCUUUGCCAAGAAUCCUGAAGCUAUGCGAGGCUGGCUGCAAACUCAAGCCAUUGCUGAGCACUACAACAACAAGCUCAGCAGUGGUGAUGCUCCUGUUCAGGACAAGAUGAAGGCACUGGAGUCUGAUGCAGAGUUAGGACCAAUCUUCGAGGACAUCAAGAAGAAUGGCAUAGAAGCAGCCAUGAAGUACUACCAGGAUGAAGAGCUGAUGCUGAAGAUCAGCCAGAAGAUGGGUGGCUUGCCAUCAGAGCUUUCACCUGUCCUGCAGAAGAUUGAAGAUACAGCAAUGACUUUGCACGAGGCUGCGAAGCGAGGUGAUGUAGGAGCGGUGAAGAGCUUUCUCGACAAGAAGAAACCACUCGAUUCGCAGGAUCACAAGGGCAUCACUGCCCUGGGCUAUGCCAUUGGUGCCAACAGGAUUGCUGUGGUGAAGCUGUUGUUGGACAGCCGUGCCAACCCCUAUGCGGUCGACAGCUCAGGCAACAGUGGCCUUCACUAUGCUGCAGGCUAUGGUCGCAAGGAGCUCUUGGAGUAUCUUUUGAAGGUCGGGGCCAACGUGAACCAGCCGAAUGCUGAGGGUGUCACACCUCUUGCUGCAGCGACGCAGAAUCGCCAGGAAGCCACCAUCCAGGUCGUCGUCGCUUUCCUCAUGUAUCAAGGCAGAAGUCUCUCAGAAGCAGUGGACCAGGAGGCGAAGAUCCGCAAGGCUUUGGUCAUCGGAGACUGGACGAAUUUCGAGAAAGCCUUCGAAGCAAUGAUGGAGUCGUGA